AUGUUCAAGUCAUGGAGGAACGACAAGAACAAGAUCAAGGCUGUGUUCAAGAUUCACUUUCAGGCAACUCAGGUACCAAAGCUGAAGAAAGCUGCUUUGAUGAUCUCAUUGGUUCCUGAUGAUGUUGGGAAGCCGACAUUUAAGCUGGAGAAAGCUGAGGUUAAAGAUGGGAUCUGUUCUUGGGAGAAUCCAAUUUAUGUGUCAGUGAAGCUAAUAAAAGAACCAAAAACUGGGAUUAUUCGUGAGAAGAUUUACCAUUUUGUUGUUGCAACAGGUUCUUCAAAAUCGGGUUUUCUAGGAGAAGCUUCGAUUGAUUUUGCAGAUUUUCUGACAGAAGCAGAGCCAGUAACUGUCUCCUUGCCUCUUAAAUUUGCCAACUCUGGUGCUGUCUUAAAUGUGACAAUCGAGAAGAUCCAAGGAGCCAAUGAUUUAAGAUUAAUUGAGGAAAAUAAGGAUCAAACACUUAGCAAGGAGGAUAGCUUCAAAAGCCUACCAAGCAAUGAUGACUUAGAGGGAUAUAACCAAGAUGAACAAGAAAGGAGCUUAGAUUUGAACAUGGCUAAGAACGUUGGUCUAGGAGGUUCCUUUGAUUCCAUUGGUGAGUCAGGAUGGAUGGAAGGAAAUGCACGGUUGCCUCAACGACAUAACUCAGUUCCUGCGGCGACAAACGGGCAUCGGAGAUCAAACACAGACUGGUCAGAUUCAACAUCAGAUGAAAGCUACAUCGAGUCGAGAAACAGUCCUGAGAACAGUUUCCAAAGAGGAUUAUCUUGUGGUGCUGAUCCGAGUGACCCCAUUGAGAAGCUUAAGAUGGAAGUGGAAGCUUUGAAGAGGCAAUCGGAGUUAUCAGAGCUGGAAAAACAGUCUUUAAGGAAACAGGCGAUAAAGGAGAGCAAACGUAUACAGGAACUAUCGAGGGAAGUUAGUUCUCUCAAAGGAGAAAGAGAUGGAGCUUUGGAAGAAUGUGAAAAGCUAAGGUUGCAGAAAAGCAGAGAGGAAGCUGACGCUGAGAGCAGGUUGAGAUUCAUUAGCGAAGAUUCGAGCAAUAUGAUUGAGGAGAUUCGAGAUGAGCUGAGCUGUGAGAAGGAUUUGACGAGUAACCUUAAGUUGCAGCUGCAGAGGACACAAGACUCAAACUCUAACUUGAUUCUUGCUGUGAGAGAUCUCAAUGAGAUGUUGGAGGAGAAGAACAAAGAGAUAUCUUCUUUGAAUAGCUUGUUAGAUGAGGCUAAGAAGCUUGAAGAGAAUAAGGAAAUGGAAUCUGGACAUAAUGAGAUAGAUACGCUAAGGAAACAGAUCGAAGAUUUGGAUUGGGAGCUAGACUCUUACAGGAAAAAGAACGAAGAACAGGAGAUUCGUUUGAAUGAUCUUACUCGGGAAUAUGAGUUCUUGAAGGAGGAAAACUGUAAGAAUCAAGAAUGCUCAAAACCGGAAGGUAACUUCUUGGAUUCAAAUGAUCCUAUAGAAGAAUUGGAAUCUCAGAUAGAGAUCUUGGAAGGCAAAUUGAAGCAGCAAUCAAUGGAGUACUCUGAAUGCUUGAUCACGGUUAAUGAACUCGAGAGUCAGGUGAAGGAGUUGAAGAAAGAGCUGGAGGAUCAGUCACGGGCUUUCGAUGAAGAUCUCGACACAAUGAUGCGGGAGAAAACAGAGCAAGAGCAAAGAGCCAUCAACGCAGAGGAGAAUCUGAGGAAGACAAGAUGGAAAAACGCUAUAGCAGCAGAGCGGCUUCAAGAGAAAUGCAAGAGGCUUUCUCUUGAAAUGGAAUCGAAGCUGAGCGAGCACGAGAAUCUGACGACGAAAACAUUGGCCGAAGCGAACGACCUUCGUCUGCAGAACAAGACUCUAGAGGAAAUGCAAGGAAGAGCACAUACCGAGAUCACACAACAGAGAGAGCUAAAGAAGAGCGUGGAAGAGAAGAACGAAGCUUUGUCAAUGAAAGUGCAGAUGCUCGAAGGCGAGGUCGUGAAGCUAACGAAGAUGAGAGAGGAAUCGAAUGCAGCAGCUACUGAAACCGAGAAGAUAAUACAAGAGUGGAGGAAAGCAAAAGAUGAGUUCGAGAGGAAGUUUGCUUUGGCUAAAGAAGAAGCCAAGACAUCGCAGAAAGAGUUAACUCUCAGUAAGUCUUCAAAUGAUGAAAAGGAGACCAGGCUUCGGAAUCUGAAGAGAGAAGUAGAAGGUCUAAGCCUACAGUACAGCGAGUUACAAAACAGCUUUGUUCAAGAAAAAAUGGAGAAUGAAGAGUUGAGAAAACAAGUAUCAAACUUGAAAGUCGAUAUUCGGAGAAAAGAAGAGGACAUGACUAAGAUCCUAGAUGCAAGGAUGGAAGCAAGGUCACAGGAGAAUGGGCACAAAGAGGAGAAUCUAACAAAGCUAUCAGACGAAUUGGCUUAUUGUAAGAACAAAAACAGUUCAAUGGAGAGAGAGUUGAAAGAAAUGGAAGAGAGAUAUUCAGAGAUAAGCCUGAGAUUUGCAGAGGUAGAAGGUGAAAGACAACAACUUGUAAUGGCUGUCAGAAACCUCAAGAACGGUAAGAAGUUUUAG